GUGCUUCAUCAUUCACUUGGAACUCACAAAGCGCAGCCACCUUUUGCACACUAUAAGUUGCUGCUAGACGUGCUGGUGAAGUUCCGGGCCGAGGGUUACCUUCGAAAAGAUCCCCAUGGCUGAAGUUGUUCAAGUGUUCAAGAAGACCUCACCCAAUGGCAAGGUGACUGCAUAUUUGGGUCGGCGUGACUUCGUUGACCACCUAACGCAUACAGCCCCCAUCAAUGGCGUGAUACUGAUAGACGAUGAUUACCUGCAAGGCAGGAAAGUGUUUGCGAAAGUCAUCAUCACCUUUCGAUAUGGACGGGAGGAGGAUGAGAUGAUGGGCUUGCACUUCACCAAGGAGUAUGAGCUGGUCACCGCUGAAAUCACCCCCAAGGCCGAUGACGUCCAGCUCUCCGCCGUUCAGACCCAACUGAUCGAGAAGUUGGGGCCAUCGGCAAGACCGUUUUCGGUGGCGUUGCCCGAAAAUGCCCCUACGUCUGUCUCCUUGGAACCUGGAGAUGGCGAUUCGGAUAAACCACUUGGAGUUUUAUACGAAUUAAUGUUUUUUGUGGGUGAAUCUGAAGAAGAAAAUCCACACAGACGAAACUCUGUCGCCUUUUCUGUUCGAAAAGUCCAGUUUGCUCCAUCGAAACAUGACAACAGUCGCCCUUACACUAUAGUGAGCAGGAUCUUCACUAUAUCCCCUGGAAGUCUGAAUCUGGAAGUCGCGCUUAAUCAAGACAUCUACUUGCACGGGCAUCCGGUGGAAAUUUAUAUCAAAGUUGAUAAUAAAUCCAAGAGAACAGUGAAGAGUGUGGUGGCUCAGGUCAUUCAGCACGUAGAGGUCACAAUGACAAGCUCUCAAUUCAGCCGCGUCGUGGCCUCCAUUGAAUCUCGGGAAGGAUGUCCCAUAACCCCAGAUUCGACGUUAGAGAGAAGCAUCGAACUCAUGCCGUUAGCUUCAAACAUGAGACGCUUUGGCGUGGCCUUAGACGGACGAGUGAAGGACGCGGAUGCCAAUUUGGCCUCAUCUACGAUCGCACCAACUGGAAAAGAUAUCGAAGAUGCCCUUGGUAUCAUUGUCUCGUACUCUGUCAGGAUCAAGCUCCUCUGCGGUGCCAUCAGCGGUAAUCUAUCGGCCGAGGUGCCUUUCAAGUUGAUGCAUCCCGACCCAGAAGCUCAAGAGACAAAACCAGAGGAGACUUUCAAGGUUACUGAAUUCAGUUCCAUUCGCCGAGGCAAAUCAGUGGAUGAAGUCGAAGAAGAGUGAAGUUCAUACAAGAUGUUUUCGAGAUAUCUGGGGUAUUCCUUUUGGUUAUCAAUCUGCAGUAUUUUGUUUUGCAAUAGAUUCACACUAGACGGAUUGAGUAUCUCAUUUUGAGAAAAGGGAAUAGUAUUAGAUGUUAUAAUUAUCUCUGAAAAUGUGUUACACACUCACUGAACAACAAAAUAAUUUUUCAUCGCCUUUGUAACGGCAUUGUAAUGUACCUUUGUAUCGUAAGUAUUGAAUGUGGUAGAUACAACAAUUGUAUUUUGAAAAACUUCUAUCUUCUUUUCAUAAUUUCAUCAUUGUUUAUUAAAAUAUGCCCUAUCAUAUCCUCGCAUUCCGUAUGGCUGUUGUGAAAAGUUGGAUAUCAAAUGUAUUUUUCGUACAUAACUUAAGGAAUGUUCUUAAGUAAAAAAAAAAAAAAAAAAAAAAAAAAAAAAAAAAAAUACUGCAGCUAGUGAUGACCGUGAUUGAAAAUAUAUCAAAAGUUGUGAUUUGAUAAGAGCACAGAGAAAUAUUUCUACAAUAUUCAUUUUAAGUAUCUUAAUUCUAUUAAAUAACACUCAAUCUGUUCAUAUUUUAAAGUAUCAUUACAGUAUUAUUGCACCAUUUGCAUAUGUAAUAAAAAAUGUUGUAUGUUCUUGGUAAACCUUAUUGAAAACUUUACAAAUGCAAAAUUGGAAUGAUAAUUAAAAAUAAAUUUUGAGUUACAUUUCUCACGAAUAUCAAAGUUUUAGUUAGAUGUGAUCUUUACGGUUAUGCCAAGUGGAAUUCAUAAAAGCAAGCUUUAAGAAAAUGUUAUUCGGUAUUGCUUCAGUCAGCAAGUGGCUUAAGCGAAACAUUAAAAGUAAGAACUUA